AUGCAGCUUCACGCUACUCUCGCCGUCGGUCUCUCCAUUCUCGGAGUCACCCUCGCGAGUCCUUGGAAGCAUCCAAUUGAAUGGAAGGCAUCCGACUUCGCCAUCACCUGCGGCUCAGAAGAUUGCAACUACAAUUUCAACAUCGUGAGCAAUGCCACCGGGCCCUCAAGAUUCAAAACCGCCUGCUCUGGCGUUCCUGCCGAGGACGACUACAGUCCGUGCCAGGACAAAAGCACCGAAGCCAAACUGCAAGCUGUGCCAGGGACACCCCCGUCGUGGAGCCUGCACAUCGAACAUACUUGGAUGGAAGGAGAAGCCAGGUAUACCGCUCACGGUGACGUCAAUAUCACCGAGACCGCGAAGAGCUUCACAGUCCCCGUCACGCGGGUGGAUGGGGUGGUUUAG